AUGAAACCAGGGAACUGCAAGUACUUAAUAAGUGCCAUCAGGCAGCCUAUGGGAUUUAUUAACCGGAGAUCAAUAUGUGGGGAUAUUCCAGGCCUGGAGAGGAGAAAGUUCUUGACAGUUCGUCCCUACAUUCGACUGCUAGAAACUGCAUGCCCCACUUGGUUACCUUUUAACUUAUAUUCCAAAGACCAGUUCCAUGAACUCUCUGGGUUUGGUCUUUAUGCCAUUGGAUACAACACACGCUGGAAUCCCAAGAUCCGGUAUUAUUUGACAAAGCUGAGCAGCAGGGGCUCAAAGCUGAUUGAUUCCUUCCUUACUCAAGGUGGCAAAGGUCACAAGGUAAUUGAGAUGAAAGUGGAGGCAAGAAAAUGGAGAACCGUGUUCUACAAGUACGUGGACAUGACAGUAAGUGAGAUGGAAUGCCUCCAGCUCCUCCAGCGAGUGAAAUGGAUGCCAUUGCGCAGAUGUACUUCGGAAGAUGUCCUUUCUCGCAUCACAGAGGAAAGUGGUCUUUUGGCAAUAGGCUGCAGUGAACUGAACAUUGAGGUAAGAAUGAAUGUUUCAGACUUAGAUGGCAUUGAUGACUGGGCUGAUGACUCAUCUGAGGACCAGGCAGUCUCCCCAGAGUCAGAUACUGAGCGAGACAGUGAACUCAGUGGAGUAAGUCAAGUCAAAUACUGCUACAUAGAAGCUGUGGCAACAAGUAUUCGGGAUCAGCUCAUGAAACUACUCCAAAGUCCAGUGAAUAUGAUUGAUGAUCAACAUUCCUGUGCAGAUAUCCAUCAUUUCAUCUGGCAUCCAUCUUCAAUGGAUCAGAGUAAACUUUACUGUAAGUGGUAUCCAGUAAAGCCUGAUGUCCUCAAACAUGGCUGCAUUCAGGAAUGUGUGGAGUCAGCCCUGGGCUACAGACUCAAGUAUAAGAAACCUGGGACAUGCAGGACAAGAUAGGCCAAUUAAAAACCAAUUGUUAAUUGCCUGACCAAAAAUUUAAUUCAAAGCCAAGGAUUUUGCUAUUGUUUUGUAAGUUGUCCCAUUGAGAAACCAAAUGAUUUUUAGAUUGCCCCAUUACUAAAGAGCUUUUAAAAUAAUGAACAGACAUUGUCACAUAUACAGGUAACUAUGACUUGAUAAUUAAUGAUUUUUAUUGUAUUGUUAAUACCCACACUUCAGUAAGUCACAACAUUUUACUUUAACAAAUACAAGUGCAAAACUCAAAUGAAUAAGUGUUCAGUAAUUAAUUUUUCAUAAACAGAUCUAUGAAAUUUGAGAAGGUUUGUUUGUAUCAUAGUUAAAGUAACAGUAAUUUGUAAUGGAAGAUAUACCAGUUUUCAAUAUAUGCAGCCAAUUUUCAAUUUG